AAUGAAAAUCAUCAAAAUUUUACUACUCCUUUGCAUUGUCUCUUCAGUGUUCACACAACUUACUUAAGGUGCUCAAUAACCUACCCAAGGUAUGAUCUUAAAAUCUAUAUCAUUUUAGCUCCCUCUGGAAGCUCAGGUCCCACAUAAGGUGCCCCUACUGGCCAAUAAGGAUAAUAAAAUACAGCCGGUAUCUAAUAAUAUCUUAUCAUUUUUAGGUGGCUAACAACAAGGUGGUAUGUAACAAGGCGGCUAACAAGGUGGUAUGCAAUAAGGUGGCCAACAAGGUGGUCAAUAAGGUGGUCAAUAAGGUGGUCCAUAGACUGGAGGAAAAGCCAAGAAAUGCUAACCAACUUAAGCACAAUAAGGAUAACAAUAAUAAUAAGGACAAUAAUAAGGAUAAUAAUAGGGUUAAUAAUAAGGACAGUAAUAACCAACUUAAUAAACCCUCCCUGGAAAUCAACUUCCAGAUUAAUAAGUGUAAUAAUAGCCAUCUGGAACAUAAACUUAAUAACCACCAAGUGGAACUUAAUAACCACCAAGUGGAACUUAAUAACCUACAAGUGGAACCUAAUAACCACCAAGUGGAACCCAACAACCUACAAGUGGAACCCAAUAACCACCAAGUGGAACUUAAUAACCAAGUGGAACUCAAUAACCAGGUGGAACUCAAUAACCAGGUGGAACUUAAUAACCAGGUGGAACUUAAUAACCAGGUGGAUAAUAGUAAGGUGGAUAAUUUCCUGGACAGUAAUAAGGCGGAUAACAAGGUGGUCAAUAAGGUGGUCAAUAAGGUGGUCAAUAAGGUGGUCAACAAGGUGGUCAAUAAGGUGGUCAAUAAGGUGGACAAUAAGGUGGACAAGGAUAAUAACCUUAAGGACCUCCUUAAUCAAAAGGAUAAUGGAAUUAAGAUUCAGAGCAACAAGAAAAAUGUGUUGAAGUCGAAGUUAGCUGUGCUGAGACUGAAAUAGUUUUCAAAGAUAGAUGUGUAGCUUAAACCUGUGAAAACUUGGAAAAAGUUUAAAGCAAAUAAGAAGGUGGAAAAAAGAAAUUACCAAUGAAAUUUGAUGGAAAAGCUGACUUCAAUGACAAUAAAGAUGUUGUUGUAUAAUUGAUAUUCCCUGAUAACAAAGAUAAAGCUCUUGUUAAAUCAGACGGAAAUGCAAAUGCUUGUGUAGAAAGAUCAAUAUACAGAUAUAGACCAAGUUUCUUAAGUGAAACUUUAGAUGAUUCAACUGUUACAAGCAGUUAUGAUGAUGAUAAAUAAGUAAGAAUUUGGGAAUUCACAAUAUUGAAUGCUGACAUUGAUAGUAAAUUAUUCAAAGAUGAAUAAACCGAUAAGGUUGUUUAUACUGGUUACUAUUCAGUGAAAUUAACAAUCUAAGAGAAGAAAUUAGUUUAAUUCUUCUUUACAUUCUUUGUAGCAGUAGACUUAGAUGGAAAUGUUUUAUCAGCUCAAGCUUAAUCUGAAGCUUAAGAUGAUACUCCUGCUUGUGCAACAGAAGAUAAUUGUGUAUCAAGAGCAGAAACUGAAGUAGGAUUUUGCAGUGACUAAACCUGUUAAACUCUUGUUGAAUAGCCAUAAAUCUAUGCUGGUUAAAAUUUCUUUGUUGUUCAAAGAGUAAAAUAAACUGGAUUUGAAUCAUGGAAAGUCGGAGAUGCUGAUGUUACCAUUACUGGUGAUGGAGUUAAUAAAAAAUUGAAACCAACUUCAUAAGAAAAAUAACCUGGAUAAACAAUUUAUACAUUGAAUGUUGAUAUUCUUGCUAAUAAUGUUGAAUUUUCAGUGAAUGGUAAACUUGAAGAUCCAACUGCAGCUCGUAGAUUCAGAUUUUUAGAAGAUGCUGCCACUACUGAUGGAACUGAAGUCUCAUCUGCUAAAGCUGUUGGUUCAACUACUUUAGAAUGCAUUAAGAAGGAUGCCAAUUCUUCAUGCCCAACCGCUGAAGAAGCUAAAGCAUACAAUAAACCAGAUUGUGGAACUAUUGGAUAAACCGAAUGUGAAAGCAGUAAUGGACAAAUCUGGUCAUUUUUGAUGUUUGCCAUUUUAAUGUUAGUACAAUGAUU